AUGGCUGUCAGGGACGGAGCUAUCAACGACAUUCCCGCCUCGGCAGCCCCACAUGCUUGCAGCCUAAAUCAGUUGCGCUCGGCUGCACGGUGGACUGCCCGUUGCUUUCAUGCUGGCCCCCAACAUUUGAAUAUGCCCCUGCAUCCGCGAAUGACACUCAAUAACUGGGUCCAAGGACGGUUCGGUCGGGCCGACGACCUGACGUCGGAAGAACUCUUGACUGGGCCCCGGCAUGCAGCUACAUGGGUGGUCAUUGUGUAUUUUCGCAGUAUAGAGUAUGGCAGAGGCACGAGCACAAAGAAGAAUGCUGCGAAGGACCAAGCCGCCGAGAGAGCACUCGCUGCCCUCCAGGAGAGGUUUGAUCAAGAGCAACAGUAG